AUGUGAGAAAUAGCUAGGAGAAUAAAACGAUCCAUGAGGAAUAAGCCUGCAAGAUUCACAAGAAAUGAAGAAACUGCAGUAGUAGACUGAUGGAGACGGCAAUAUGACGAUAAAGGACAAACCUGGAAAGCAGAAACUGAGCCGAAGCCUCCUACGCUAGAGGAAACUAUAGGAGCAAUCAGAUCCCUAAGCCUCUUGGCUAGAUGGGGUUCAAUCGGAGCUGGUCAAAUAUGGAGGAGAGGUGCUAGAACAGAAGCUGUGGGAGAUGGCCUCAAAAAUAUGAAUGGAAAGACACAUACCAAAAAAUAUGAAGAGCGCGAUAGUAGUGUUAAUCCCAAAAAAAUUAGGAUCUAA